AUGGAUCGUGUGGAGGAUCCUCUGGCGUCAAAGGUUGAUGCCCCUUUUCAACCCUCCCCUCUGGUCCCCCGGCAUCACAAGUCCACCCCUUCGCGCUCGCAUUCCACUGACCCUUCGACAACGGUCGACCCGGCCUCUCCCGAAGUCAUCUCCUCUCUGAUCUCAUCGCUCUCAACGAUCUCGGUGCCCCUCCAGACUCAUUUCGAUAACGUUCCGCGCAUUGGUUCGGAGACAGCCACUUUGCCCGUGUUCACACCCUCAGGUCAACAUUCCAGCCUCAACCAACGUCAGCUUAGCGAACAUGAUUAUGGAGUGAGCAACAGGGCGCGCCAAGCGUCUGAGGAGGCGUUGCAGACCCCCUUCUUGCACCCGGAUGAUGCGGCUGCUCCUCCUGUCAUUCGCAUGGCACGGGCGCCUCCAUCCCCCAAAUCCAAAGCGGCUCUCGAUCCCCCUUUAUCGCCAGGAAGGCCAACAUCUAGGGGCUCAUAUACUUCAUCUAAGGCUGCCUAUGAAGACUCGGCAUUCGGUACAAUCACAACGGAACCCGGGCCUCCUCGAGUCUCGACUGCUAACAGUGUCGCAUCCUCGGGCUCCAGAAAAAGCCUAAGAAACCAAUUUAGCCUCCUCAAGAGGCCGUCCCGCGAGUUCUGCGGUGAUAAGGAUAGGCAGAUUGAUCGGCUGCGCAAAACUAGUAGUUUUAACGACGGUUUGAGACACAACGUACCGCGCAGUCGGGCCAGCAUACGCUCAUUGUGCUCUAUGGCCGACGUCGCCGAAGAGACACGCCCAGUACGAUCGGCCACCGAGCCCACCAGAGAAGCUGCAUUUAGCAGACCACCCAGUAAGGAACGCCAUUCCUUGCAAAACGCCCGAGACAGUGCGCCGAGUACGCCCGGUGGCAUAGGCAGUGGACGAAUUAUUCCUGCUCGGGAGUCAUCCUUACGGCAUAGCUUCUCUUCCAGCCCAAAACAUCGCAGGUCCACCCACCAUAGUCGGUACUCUUCAACAAGUAGCAGGGAGAUGAAAAUGGACAGCGCAGUUUCAGGCAUGAGCAACGAGGCCGAACAGGUAACGAAAAGAAUUCAAGAGUUGAAAGAUCAGCAGCAGAAGAUCAAGAGCGAACUAGAGAUAGAUGAUACCCCAGACAAGCAUUCUAAGGCCGCACCCGUCGCACCUAUUCGGCAGCCGCAACAGACCAGUGACAACAGCGAAUCUAUUGGGCAUAGACAGGCCCGCCAGGGAGAUGGCGGAUUCGACGAGAGCGCGCCGGCCCCAGCAGUGAUGACGGGCAAGAGCCGCUCUAUAACUCGCAACGGCCCUCCGCUGGCCUCGAAGUCAAUCAAUGCUUUGCCGCAGUCUUUGGACAGACCAGAUCCUCUCGCUCGCUACAGUGGGCCUUUGGAGCAGCCAACCCCUGCUCUAUCUCACAGGCGCUCCCCAUCUGAUACGGCUGCUCCUGUUGGUAUUCCGACUGGAGAGGAACGCCCCUCAAGUUCCGAUUCUCUUGACCUCGCUGUUUAUGACUACAUAUCGUCUCCAAAGCUUACUCAGAGAGUGUUUCAUCCCACGUCCGGCCGUACUAUUGCGUUUUCGGAAGUUGGGGACCCUAAGGGCUAUGUGGUACUAUGUUGUCUUGGCAUGGGCCUAACGAGGUAUCUGAUGGCGUUCUACGAUGAAUUGGCACGGUCCCUGCGCCUUCGGCUUAUCACAUUGGAUCGUCCUGGCGUGGGUGAGAGCGGGCCAUAUGUGGAUGAGUCGGGGACUCCUCUCAGUUGGCCUGACGAUGUUGCGAUUGUAUGCAACCACCUGAAAGUGACCAAAUUCUCGAUUAUGGCGCACUCUGCGGGAGCAAUAUACGCACUGGCCACUGCAUUAAGGAUCCCACAGCAUAUCCGGGGCCGCAUUCAUUUGUUGGCUCCGUGGAUUCCGCCUUCUCAGCUCUCUAGCAUUGGAUCACAAAAGGCUCCCGUCCCCACUAAUGCCGUUCCAUACUCUCAACGGAUACUUCGAGCACUCCCAACGUCUAUUCUCAAGGUGGCCAAUUCGAGCUUCAUGAGCGCGACCAGUGCGAGCCUUACCUCGAGUCUACCCAAGUCUCCUCGACGGGCCAAACGAAAAGCGAUGCUGAAGGACAGCUCCAGCCCCACUGGUCUUGAAGCCAAGGGCACGCAACGACUUCCGUCCAAGGUCUAUCAGCAAGGGGCGGACUUCAAAGCCAUUGAGGGCCUGAAGGCACCGGAUAUCUCUGUCGGGGAGAGUUAUCAGAAGAGUGAGCCCACGAAGAGUGAGAUCUUGCUUGCCUCAUCCCAAGAACGCGAACGCCAGACCGAUUACGACAAUCGACUCACCCAUAAGAUCUGGGAGCUGGCUACUACAAAUGCGAACCCGGCGGUGGAUUUGCUGGUUUGCCUCGAGCGCCGCCAGCCUAUUGGAUUUCGAUACAUGGAUAUCACUCGGAACGUUGUGAUUCACCACGGAAGUCGAGACACCCGUGUCCCUGUUGACAAUGUCCGAUGGCUGGGCCAAACGAUGCGGCGUUGUGAGGUCCGAGUCCUGGAAGGGGAGGGCCAUGGGCUGAUGGCUUCUGCAGCGGUAAUGGGCAAUGUGUUAAUGGAGAUUGCCAAGGAGUGGGAAGAUUGGAUGAUAGUGGUGCAGGGCAAGCGCAGAGCAACCGUGGGAACACGCUCAGGCAUCGCGGUUCAAGCAUCAUGA